UAUUGAUUAAAUAUACUUCCACAGAAUUUAAAUUUACUUAAUUAUUAAAAACAAUGCAGUCACAAUCUUUCCAAUUACCAUUUCAUUAUCUCACAAAUUCGACCAAAUGUUUUUCAUAUUUCACAAAAAAAAAUAUAUUAAAGCGCGUGUGAACCAUAACCACGCGAUUGCCAGCUCAAAAACAAAUUCACAAAGAAGCGUACACGACACGCGCUACGACUGAGUGUAAGGAUUCUCAUAAACUGCUCUAUUUUAUUUUGCUCAGUCGCAGACAAAUCUCAAAACAGAUUCGAUCGAUAAGCAAGAACUUCCAAUCUCUAAUGGCAGAUCAAACAGAAUCUCCAAGAUCGUAUCAUAUCUUCAUCACAAUCAUGAGUAAAAGACGGACAUGGGUUUGUCUCUUCAUCGCUGUCUACGCAAUUCUCGUAUCUUCUUCAUGGAACCUCCUGAGAUCAGUUCUUAACUGGUACAAGCUUCAAUACACGUCAUCAAAUUCAGAUUAUUCUCCUUCAAGAUUACCGGCGGUAUACGCGUCGGUGGUGCUCGGUGCGAUGUUUGGAGCUAUGUCGAUGGUGGCUGCUAUGACGGUGGCGGUUCCGGCGGUGAUGGUGAUUUGGAUAUCGGUGGUGGUGUUGCUUGCCUUCUUUGGGAAAUCAAGAAGAGUUUUAGUGGUUGAAGGAAGGAAGAUUACGAGAGAAGUUGUCGGAUUUGUGUUUAAGGUUCUUUUGAAAGAAGGCAAUGUUGUUGCUGCUUUUUGUGCUGUUUUAGCUUAUUUUCUGCUUAUUAGAAGAGAUUUUGACUCAUAUUAAGGUUCUUGAUUUUUAGAUUAUUUAGGGAAUUUUGAUCUAGAUUAUCUUGAGUCACUCCCGAAUGUAAAUGUAAAGUUAAUUUAGAAAAUCAAUUGUUAGUAGUAGAAUGAAGAAGUUCAUGAUGCAUUGGCUCAAUUUUUUUUGUUUGUGGUUAGAUAAUUUUUCUUGAUGACAGCAUUUAG